AUGGGGAUUUUCCGUAAGGUCUGGGUCUUCUUCGGAGCUCGGAUCGGACAUGGCGACAUGAUAAGGUCUGUGGAUGGCUGCUGGUACUUCAGCAAAGAAUUCUGCUUUUUACAUUCUAGCUUUGACACGUGUCUCACUGGAGCAUCAAUUUUUCACCUGAUUUCUAUUGCAAUUGAUCGAUAUCAAGCUGUGUGCUAUCCACUUCAGUACCCUACGAGAGUGACUAAACCUGUUGCAUGGUUUAUGGUAGCUGUGAGUUGGACUGCAGCAACAGUGUACACUCUUGCUUGCAUGUUUACAAAUGCAAGUGUAGACAGUGGAUUAACAAAUUGCUUGGGAACUUGUAGCCUGUUUAUGGAUUCACUGUGGGCUAUUAUGAGUAUAGUUACAGGUUUCUUUAUACCAUGCUGUGUUAUGAUUUGUCUGUAUGCAAAAAUAAUUUUUAUUUCAAUGAAGCAUGCAAGAAAAAUUGACAGUGUGAAGCAGGGCAGAAAUGACAUUACUUUAGGCAAGUUUUCACAAAAAGUGAAACAUGAGAACAAAGCAGCAAAAACUCUGGGGAUUGUUGUAGGUGCCUUCAACUGUUGCUGGAUGCCAUAUUUCCUUACAUCUCUACUUGAUCCUUUUAUUAACUUUUCCACCCCUAUAUUACUUUUUGAUGUCUUUGCCUGGUUGGGUUAUAUUAAUUCCACUUUAAACCCUAUCAUAUAUGGCUUUUUCUAUCCCUGGUUCAGAAAAACACUGUCUCUCAUUGUCACACUAAAGAUAUUUGCUCCACAAUCCUCUGACAUGAAAGUGUAUACAUCAUAA